UGAGAGACAUUCACGUUUAACAACCUACUUUCGCCGCGUUACCUUUGUGUGUUGUUGCUGUUGUUAUUGUAUAAUAUUCGCUCACAAACCACGUUUUUUCGUUCAGCUCGUGAUCCAAAUCGCUCAACUAGCAAGCUAGCUGCCUGACUGGUUGAGUAGUGGAAAAACAUGGCUACGAAGCACCGUUGGAGAGAUCCCGCCGAUUCUUUACGACGCGGUCGUCGUGAAUAUCUGAGAGCUAUGCUAAUGCACAUACAUACAUACAUCCGUAUGUACAUACAAACGUGUUUUUUUUUCAGCGCUCUUUCGAGGGCGUUGAUGCAGGGAGCGAAUUGGCGUGUGCGGCAUGGCGCUGAAUUGAAUUUAGUAUUGCUUCGUAGCUUUCGUUGUGUUGAUAAGAAAUAGUUGCUAGCGGCAGAAAUUUUUUUCGGAAUUAAAAAAAAAUAAAAUUUAAUUUUGUGAUUUUAUUUAAACCACAAAAAAAAAUUGAAAAAACGGAAGCACAAAUUUCGCGCCAACGGGAGCAGUUAGACAAUUUACCUGCUUACAUGCUUGCUUGCUUACAAAAUCAUAUUGAAGCAGCUGGUGGACAACAACAACAAUAAAAGUAAAUAAAUCAUCUGCAGCAGCGACAGUUGCUUUGGUUUUUUGUUGUUGCGUGAAUCAUUCGAAAGCAAUCACCUGACCGCCAAGCUGCCAAAAUAGCCCCAACAAGUAACAACAACAACGACAACAAGAACAACUGCAAACACUUGCAUUGUUAUUAUUGUUAUUGCAGCAGCACUCGUUCAAAGCAUUCAAAGCCCACAACACACCAGCUUAUUUAGAAAAACCGGUUAACGGCGAGUGCCGUACAGUACGGCUUGCUUGCUCAUGCGCUUUGUUGUGUUGUUGGCGUAUACGCCGUUUUUCGAACAUCACAUCGUCGAAACUGGUUACGUCUUGGGCUAACAAUUUGUGGACCGGUUCGGCGAGUUUUCUGGUGACUGGUUUUUGUUUUGUUUUUUUUUUUUUUUUUACUCUAACGACAUUGGGUUGUUGAGUGUUCUGGUUUUAUUUACAUAUGUACAUACAUACACAUACUGGUAUGUACAUACAUACAUACAUAUGUAUGUUUAUAACUACAUACCUACUUUAAACGGGGAACGUUUGAGCGGUUUAUUUUACGCUAAAAACAGGCUUUCGCAUUUAUCAUUACAGUUUCAGCCGUCGAACAUGGCUAAGGAUACAGCUGCAUUUAAGGACAAGUCGAUAGCGGAAAUAAGCAGGAAAAAGAACUAUUAACAUUGAUAUUAACUAGCAUUUGAGCGAAUGAUCGGUGAGUGAAAAAUACAAACAGCUGAACCCCAGAAAUUAUGGCGCAGGAAAUUAAUUGGACAAAAACCGAAACCGAAAUGUUUAUUUCAAUUUUGGAACGCCACCCUGUGCUUUUCAAUGGCACACACAAAGACUUUGCUAAGUAUGCGGCUAAGGAAAAAGCCUAUGAAGAAAUUGUGGCACAAAUUAUAGAUGUAAAGCCCGAAGUGACAAAAUAUUUGGUAAAAAGAAAAAUUAAAACAUUGCGGUCGCAACUUAGGCAAGAAGCGCGUAGAUUUGAAAAGCACAGCAAAAUGGGUGGCGACCAAGUUUACAAACCGAAACUAUGGUGUUACCAUCGACUGCAAUUUUUAUUCCAAUGGGAUAUUGAUGAAGAUGAGGUGGAAGAGGUUGAAGAAGAGAGCAAAAAGAAAAAAAGUGGCAAGGAAUACAUUGACAUCGAUCAAACUGUGCUGGAGCCAAGUCCGCAGCGUAUUCGUAAUAUUUUGACGCUGGAGGAGCGUGUUGCUGCCAUUGAAGCCUAUGACUGCCGACCAAUGUAUACCAAAGUGGCGAAAAUGUUCAACUGCAGCUGGGAACAGAUCAAAAAUAUAAUCGCCAAUCGCGAUGCAAUUCUGAAAUUUUAUGCAGCGACAAGAAAUGUGGAAAUGCCUAAUGAUACCAACGGACAGGACUGGCGCACUCGCAAGAUACGCUUUCUAGGCGAAUGUCUUUACGAGUAUAUACAGCGAGCGCAAUUCCACACUAAGGCACAUAUCACCGAAGAGCUUUUACGUAUGAAAGCAUUCGAAUUUCGUAGUCUCAUACAAAUCGAUAAUUUUAUGCCGACUAAGGCAUGGAUGAAUCACUUCAAGGCCAUGUACAAUUUCUCACUAUCCAAUCGACAAAUCACAAUCACACGCACGCCACCUGUCUCACUCGAUCUCAAGGAUAUAAUGACAUUUUGCACAAAAAACCAAGCGAAAGCUGACGCGAAGACGCCUCCGCCCGAACCGGUGGAGGACAGAGAAUCCGAUCUCUAUCGCACUGCCACACGCAUAGCUGUUUCGGGCGAAAAUGAGGCAGCAUUACAAGAAAUCAAGCAGCGCCGGCUGCGUAAGAUCAAUUUUCUAUCGAAGACACUCUUCGAGUAUUGGCAGCGCGCUAGAUAUCAUCACAAGAUGCGCAUGGAUGAGAACUCGCUGCGAAAAGUGGCUUGCGAUCUUAAGGAAAUGCUGAAGAUCGAUAACUUCUAUCCGGACAAGGAGUGGUUGGAUCACUACAUUACCAUCACAGUUCCAACAAUGCUAGAGGAAUCACAGGAUGCGCGUCCGCCGCCGCUCUCCUUGGAUCUGAAAGACAUACUUAGCUACUGCAGCCGGCAGGAGAACAAGAAACUGGCGCCGAGCACUAUAACGCUGGCGCCAAAAGAGACAGCGAAACCACAUUGGCAAGGCGAUGGAGCUGCUCACAAUGCCUCAGCAUCUGGCACUGCUGCCAGUGCAACUGCAACUACGCCACUUGUACAAAUACACACAUUAAACCUGCGGCGCAGUGAUGAAUCCGCCGCGUCGCGUACACAAGCGCCACGAAUGCCAAGCCCCAAGCAAGCAGCUGCUGCGUUGGCAGCCAAGAUCAAGGAGGAAGUUAUUGAAUUGGAUGCAGAUGAGGCGGUGAAAGAUGUGAAACCAAAUUUAAGUGAACUAUUGCCACCACCACCACCACCACCACCAUCGGCAUCGCCUACGGCGCCACCAGUUACGAAGGCACAACUCCAUCACCAGCUCCCAGCAAAGCUAACGACAGUGACAGUGACAGCGACAGCGACGCAAAUUGCGCGCCAACAAAAACGUGAACACCCCAACCACAACGGUAGCGGUGCGCAAGUGCCUGCAUUGAGGGUGGUGAGUUUGAGUACGCUGGUACCGCCACCAGUGGGGCCAAUACCAGCUGCGCCAGCAGCUCCAUCGUUGAUCACUGCAGUCGCAUCACCAACUCCAGCAGCAGGCGAUAACAGAAAGCGGGGAAAUGACGAUCAGUUGGUCGAGCUACCGCGACCGUUGAAGAUACAAAAGAUCGAAUCGAUUGGCGCGCAUGUUGAACCAACUACACACAGUCCUGGUCAUUGGUCGGAACAUAGCGAUCGCGAGGAGGAGGAACUACCAAGGCAUGUGACUAACUACAAAGAUGCGCUUAAAUUGUUGAAGCCCCUGGAAGAAUUUGCAAUGCUGGAGGAGAACUAUCGUGUUAUUGGCUUGAUAUCACAGCUCGAAGAAAUAUUCAAGCAUCCACCUCAGAAGAAUGAUAAUUGAAAAUUCCAAAAUAAAAUGUAUGUAUCUAUAUAUGGAGCCCUAACCGUCAAAAAGAUGUAAGCGAAUUUGAUUUUUACAAAACUUUAUUAUUGAUGCAAAAACGUUCCUUGAGCAUCUAAAUGCAUUUCUGCAUCAGAAGUAAAAUUUUGACAAAAAUGUCGCUUACAUCUUUUUAACGAUUAGGGCUCGAUAUAUUUCGGAAGCUAGUGUAACUAAUGUAAGAACAUUUUCCUAACACGUGGUUUAAUCGACGUUAACUUGUUUUAAAGUUAAUGUUCGCCACAGUAUGUGUAGUCUAUGUAGUAUGUACAUGUAUGGAAAUAUUAGAAUCUAAGGACAUAUUGUCGCCAUCACGGCAAAAUGCGCUAAAUAGGAUUUUUCUUUGAAAUAUUUUUUUUAUAUUAUUUUGUUAAUUGGCUUUCAAAUAAAAGCGCACCGCUAAAUUCAAAGCGAUAUUUUAAAUCAUACAAACUUCCUAGAAAGGAGUCUUAAUUUCUUAUGUUUAUUUAAAAAAAAAAGAUUUCGCUGUAAAAGUUAAAAAUUAUCAGUUAGGUACUUUUGUAGUGAUGAAUAUAAGUUGAUUUGUAUUAUAUGUAUAUUACAUACAUAUGUAUGUAUGUGUAAGUGGGCCUAUGUCGGCCCUUAAAACCAGCAAACAAAUGUGUAAUUAAACAAAAUGAAAUAUUAAAAUAGCUACUCUUAAGAUUCGUUUUAUAACAUAUCGCACAACCUCUUCAAAAGAGGCACAAAUCAAAAAAGCAUUCUGUAG